CAAGCAAUUGACAUUAUUGGAGAGGCUUGGGAUAAUGUCAAAGAAGAAACAAUAAAAAAUUGUUGGAAAAAAACAGAAAUAUUACCACCAAGCAGAACAUUAGAGAUUGCAGAUGAACCUACAUCAAAUGAUAUUCUUGAAGAAUUAGUUGAUGGUCUUAGAAUCAAUCAUACAAAUAAUUUAACAAUGUCAGCUGAAGAUUUUGUUAAUAUUGAUUCAAGUGUUAUAACAACUGAAUUACUUACUGAUGAAGAUAUUCUCAUUUCAGAAGGUGUUCAUGUUGAAGAGAAAGAUGUGAGCAAAGAGAGUGAGGAAGAAUCAGUCAUGUCUAUAAAAGAAGGAAGGAAAGUACUUGAAAAUGCCAAAAAAUUCUUGGAACAACAAGAAUUUGCUACAGAAAAAGAUAUUAAGUAUGUUAAAGAGUUAAUAAAACAUUUAAAUAGUUUUGAAGAUAAGACAAAAC